CAUUUCACACCUUAAAUAUUUUGAACACAAGCUUAAAGGGCUUUGUUACUUGCCCGAUUUGCAUUUUAUAAACACUGAAUUCCAAUUAAAUAGUUUAGUGAGAUCGGUGAAAGUUCAUCGCGUGUUUACUCAUGGCGCACCAACGCUUUCUUGUCUAUUUUGCGUGUACUUUCAGUUUAGUUUCUCCACAGGUUCUGAAGUAUGUACUCAGGGGUCAAGAAAUAAACUUGGUUCCACCCAGAAUUGAAAAACCUGAUGGAAUGGUCUGGGUACAUGAUGACAGCAACGUGGUCGAGUUUCAUAUCUUCGCGGGGGAAUUAGUGUACCCACCAUACCAGAACAGGAUCACUCUCGACCACAACUCUGCAGAACUCACCAUCAAAGACGCCACAUAUGAAGACAGUGGAAACUACGACUUAAAGUUGAAGAAAAACGAUGAACGUCGCCGUAUAAAAUUUAGAGUUGAUGUUAUAGACAAAGUAACCAAGCCCAACAUAUCCUGUGAGAUGAUCAACGCAAACCAGGCGAUACUUGUGUGCUCAACAGAGUGCAAAUGUCCACAUUUACUAAAGUUUAAGUGGCGCUCACAGGGAAACGAGCAGGCUGGCCCGAACUUAACAAUAACUCUAAACAAUGAACACGAUGAUCAAGUUUAUCAAUGUAAUGUGAGCAACCCGCUGACCAGUGAAACAUCUACAUACACUGCUAAGGACUGCUUCCUCGAAAAAACACCAGCUGCUGGAAUUUUCAUCUGGGAUGAAAACACAACGGCUUUGUUUGUCUUCACAGUGGUUACGGCGGUCAGCUUCACUGCUGUCCUCACUGUUGGCCUCACUGCUGCUGUCCUCACUGCUGUCUUCAUGUCAGUUAAAAAGUUUCAAUUUUCAGAAUGUUUUGCAAAGCUCAAGGAAAAAUGCUCGAUAAGAAACUGGAGGGACUGAGGAAACCGCUGGAGAAAAUGUCAAGACAGUCAUUGCACUCAUGGAUCGAGGACAACAAUCAUAAAAAGCAAAAC